AUCAUUUUUAGCUUUUACAUAUAAAACAAUGCUUAUAGAAAAAGGAUAAAUAAUUUUUGUUUUGUAGUUGUGGGAAACUUUUUAAUAAUUAGUUUUGUUGCGAUAAGAUAAACAUUGCAUAUAAUCAACUAACUAUAUAUACAUUAAUUCAUACAUAACCUACAAGCCAAUACAACCAACUUUUAUUUCUGCAACGCAUCUUUGCAAAGUUCUUCAAGUGAGGAAAGAGACCAAAUAUAAAUAUAAUAUUCUCAAAGUAUCAAAGCAGCGAUGGCACUAAGUCCAAGGGAAUCUGGUGAACAUAUCGUUAAAAAUGCCAAAUUUGUUACCGUGAUACCGGAGGGCAUUGAAAGAUUAGCGAAUGAAGUAGUCUCACGCCUAAAAUCUGGUGAGCUUGACCCGAAGAACUUCUCCCAAAAUGAUGUGCACCCGAAGUGUGAUGACGCCCAUGCUAUUGAAUGGAUAUUUGUGGUGGAUACAUUAAACUUUUGCUUCUGGACGCCAAAUGACUACACUAAAUACAAAGUCGAUGGCUAUACCGGCUAUUUCGCGUUAUGUGCGGCAAUCAAUCGCGCAAUGCUUGAGGGUAUAGACAUCACUAAUGCGGCUUACUAUUCCAAAAUUGAUGUAGAUACACUGCGCAAAGUCUUCCGUUCGGAUGAUGGUGUAACAUCUGUACCACUUUUUGAAAAACGCCUUUCUUGUUUCCAUGAAGUUGGCACAAGACUUUUAGAAAAUUGGCAGGGAAAAUUCGAAAACGUAAUACGUGCUGCUAACAACUCUGCAGAGCGUUUGUUGCAGCUGGUGGUCAGUGAAUUUCCUUGCUUCCGGGACGAAGCUGACUUCGAAGGAAAGCGAGUUUCGUUGUACAAGCGCGCUCAGAUUCUGAUUGGUGAUAUAUGGUCUUGUUUCGAAGGCAAAGGACUAGGCAAGUUUAAUAACCUUGAAAAAAUCACCAUGUUUGCGGAUUACCGUGUGCCACAAGUUUUGAUACACUUUGGUAGCUUGGUUUAUAAACCAGAGCUGUUAGAAGUUUUGAAUAAAGAUACUAUACUCGAGAACGGCGAUCCCCGUGAAGUUGAAAUUCGUGGUGCCUCCAUAUAUAUAGUGGAGCAAGCUAAGGAUAUUAUUUUAAAGAAAAUGGCGGACAAAGAGCUGGAACUCAAUAAAGAGCACGUAAACUCGAUAUUAAUAGACCACUUCUUAUGGGACUAUCGCCGCAAGCAUGCCGACGAGCUGGAACACAUACCAUUCCACAAAGUUUUAAGUGUUUACUACUAAGUAUUUUGCGUUAAUAAAAUAUG